AUGACCAGCCGCAUGCGCCGCUGGGAAGACCUGCGGGAGAAUUUGCAGCAACACAUCCGAAUCCUGGCCGAUGAGGCCUGGCCUUUAGAUGUCCGGGAAUCGCGACAAGCCUUGCUGCGGCCCUCCUUAAGCGCCGGCUGGGCCCUCACCGAACAUGCAGCCAUGACCAGGAGCAACUACUUUUCUGGUGAAGGAUCAAUCCCUUGUUACAGCCUGCGAUGUGCACAGUGUCCCAUCGGUGAGGUAACAUUGCGAAGCGCUGUGUUGUUGACGGCAUCGAAGGAGAUACUACAGACACUGUUGAGCCCGGAGAAACCCCAGGCAACCCGAAAUCUGGUGACCUACAGUCUGUGGGACACUUUGUCACUUGCUGUGAAGGUCCAAGGACAUCCUCAACAGCGGCUGGCCGAUCUUCGCCAUUCUGGCCUCCCUGGCGACGCUGAUCACCGGGAGCAAAUUCCUGGCAGAGAACGACGAGUUGAGAGUCAGGAGAGAUCUUGCCAAAGUCUUGCGGCCCCAAAGUCUGGAGGAGGAGGUAUCCUCCUACCUGGGUCCUGA